UUUUGUUGUUCUGCACGUUUUUGAGAGAGAGAACCACACACACACACACACACACACACACACAGCAUAUGAGAGAGCGAAAAAGAUAAAGACAAAUACGAGGUGUAAAGAAGGGAGAGAAUCAGGAGAUAGGAGAGGAACAGAAGGAGCGUGCCGUUGAGCUUUGUUGCUAUAGACACACGAGGACGAUUCCUAGAAGAGAAUCUGACAGUAUUUCCGGGUCAAGGAGCAGUGCAGCACUGGUGUACACACGUUUCUACGUGAGUCUUAAAAACGGCUUUUCAUGACGAAGUGGUUUUCGUGUCCGAGAAGACAGGAAGAUACAACACCGUGGAAACGGUCUUUAUUGAUCAGGCUCAACGUCUGGCCCUACAGAGGGAGAUAGACAAGGAGUCCCAGUCCACGGUUUCAGUCAGAUCACUGAUGGUCCAAGCCGACACAGGCAACAGGAACGUUACCAUGAAGAAGACGAACAAGAAGAGGGGGAAGGACACCCAUGCUGAGGAUGAGAUCUCAGAAAACACUUCCAUAAACCAGGGGAAUAGCGAAGGAGUGAAGAAGAAAAAGAAGACGAAAGUAGAGACUCUGGUAGAAGAGCAGGUGUCAUCCAAUGGGGAAUGGGGGAAUACGGAAGGAGAGCAGGUGUUAUCCAAUGGGGAAUGGGGGAAUACGGAAGGAGAGCAGGUGUCAUCCAAUGGGGAAUGGGGGAAUACGGAAGGAGAGCAGGUGUUAUCCAAUGGGGAAUGGGGGAAUACGGAAGGGAGCAGGUGUUAUCCAAUGGGGAAUGGGGGAAUACGGAAGGAGAGCAGGUGUUAUCCAAUGGGGAAUGGGGGAAUACGGAAGGAGAGCAGGUGUCAUCCAAUGGGGAAUGGGGGAAUACGGAAGGAGAGCAGGUGAAACAGAAAGGAAAGAAGAAGAAGAAGUUGUCGUCUGAGACUGACACCAACGGUGAGGAAGUCAUGACUAAUGGAAAUGACGGAGGAGGGUGCGGCCAGGAGAAGAAGAAGCAGAAAGGUGUUAACACUGUUAAAACGGAGCUACAGACAGAACACAGUGGAUUAAAGGAUGAGAAAGGAGUAGUGGAAAAUGGGCAGAAGCUGAAAAAGAAGAAGCUGUCUCAGGCAGAAGAGACAGAGAUCAGUGUUGUCAAGGAAGAGGAAGGAGAGGUGAUAGAAAUAAAGAAAGGCAAGAAAAAGAAGGGAAAAACAGAGGAAGGAAAGAAAGUGAAAAAGAUCCCUAAAGCUGCUGAACCAACUGAGGAGAGUCAGGAGGAGGAAGAGGGGGAGAUGAAGAAGAAAAAGAAGGGUAAGAAGAGAGCAGUCGCUGAGAAAGGAGAGACUAAAGAGAAAGAGUGCGGAGAGGCAGAGGAAGAAGUGGUAGUAAAGAAGAAGGGAGCUGAGGCUACAGCAGCAGUACAGGAGGAGGAACAGAAUAACACCAAAAAGAAGAAGGGAGCUGAGGCUACAGCAGCAGUACAGGAGGAGGAACAGAAUAACACCAAAAAGAAGAAGGGAGCUGAGGCUACAGCAGCAGUACAGCAGGAGGAACAGAAUAACACCAAAAAGAAGAAGAAUAAACCCAAGUCCUCCAGCAGCGCUGCAGACACCACCAUGGACACGGAGAGAAAGGAGGUGGGCAAGAAGAAGAAGAGAAAGGCCUCUGCACUAACAGAGGAGGAGGAGGAUGUGUUGGUGGUGGACAAGCGGAAGCCCAAACAUAUGAAAAGGGUGGAUAUGACAGGAGUAGUGGAACAGGUGGAGGACGGAGAGAGCGAGGGAAGGAAAAAGAAGGUGAAGAAGAGCUCUGAGGUAGAGACAGAAAUGGAGGACAGCACCCCUCACCAGAAAGGGAAGAAGGUUAUGACGAAGGGGAAAAAGAAAAUAAAGGUGGAGAGCUGCGACCCUGAAUACCAGGAGAGGGACCAGACAGAUGUGGUUUUCCUGUCAGAGACCAGGGGAAACGCCUUCGAGAUCAAUAUUGAUCAGGGGAGACGCCUGGCCCUGCAGAAUGAGAUCGACCAGAAGUCCAAUCCAGUCCAACUCAAAGCAGCACCGGUACCAUCGGGUUUGGGCCAGUGGGGCACUGCCCAGUUUGACAGUUCCGACCAACAUAGUAAGUUCCUGCGGUUGAUGGGCGGCUUAAAGAAGAGCGGGCAGCCAAUAGCAGCGAGCGGUGCGACGGGAGGGCGGGCCAACAUGGCGCUGACUAAAGACGGACAGCAGAGCUUGCAGCAAGGCCUACUGGGGGAGUUUGAGCGCGCUCAGUCGCGCCGCAUGGACUUCACGGGAAGGGGGGCGGGACUUGGGUUCUCGGCGCCGUCCAAUAAGAAGUUCUCGAUUGACAUCAACACAACCCGAUCGGUGCGCUUCGAUGACUGAGUCGGGACGGACCCUUGAGUGUGUGUCUAGCAUCCAAAAUGGAUUUGGAUGAGUGUGUGUGUGUACCUUUUCUCUUGCAGGGUCUUGGGAGUGUCUGUCGGUGAAUGUGGUGUGUAUGAAUGUAUAUACGGUACCAGUCAGUAGUUUGGACACACUUACUCAUUACAGGGUUUUUCUUUAUUUUUACUGUUUUCUACAUUGUAGAAUAAUAGUGAAGACAUCAAAACUAUGAAAUAACACAUGGAAUUAUGUACUAACCAAAAAAGUGUUAAACAAAUAAAAAUAUAUUUUAUAUGAGAUUCUUCAAAGUAGCCACCCUUUGCCUUGAUGACAGCUUUGCACACUCUUGGCAAAUAUAUUUUAAGUUGAUAUUUUGACUUUUUUUGGUUACUACAUGAUUCCAUAUGUGUUAUUUCAUAGUUUUGAUGUCUUCACUAUCAUUCUACAAUGUAG